GAUCCAGCCCACUCAUUCAAGAAGUAGAGGUGGCCUAAACCCGCAAAGUUUAUUAAUAUCUCGAUCCAACCAGCAUCUUCUCCUCUCUGCACUUUCCCCUUUCUGGCUCUCUAACGCUGUUUCAGAACAAGCCCUGUGUUCCCAGGUUUCUGCUCUAAUCAACAGUUAAAAUGCCAAAGGUGAAGACUAAUCGGGUUCGAUACCCUGAAGGUUGGGAGUUGAUUGAACCCACUCUUAAUGAGUUACAAGCUAAGAUGAGAGAAGCUGAAAACGAUCCAAAUGAUAAUAAAAGAAAAUGUGAGGCAUUAUGGCCCGUUUUUAAGAUAGCCCAUCAGAAGAGUCGCUACAUCUUUGACCUUUAUUACAGGAGGAAGGAAAUCUCCAAGGAAUUGUACGAGUUUUGCUUGGAUCAGGGCUAUGCUGACAGGAACUUAAUUGCAAAGUGGAAAAAGCCUGGAUAUGAACGUCUCUGCUGUCUACGCUGCAUGCAACCUCGUGAUCAUAAUUUCCAGACGACAUGCGUUUGCAGAGUACCUAAGCAUCUAAGGGAGGAGAAGGUUAUAGAGUGUGUACAUUGUGGCUGCAGGGGUUGUGCCAGCGGGGAUUGAGCAGAGCAGAUAGUUUGACUUGAUCUUGGCUGAUAUGUCAUGAAAGGUGUGAUCAGCUCUCUUCAACUGCCCAUUAAGAAUAGAUGCUGUAAUUGUAUUUGCCUUUUUGGCAAUCCCUGUACAUCAAGGAGGUUAGAGACUCUAAAAUGCCGAGUUAUGGCAGCUCUGUUUUGGUAUUUGAUUAGCUGUUUGUCAAUGGCAAACACUUGAAUUUAUUAAUCAUGCACUUGCUCAUUGUUCAAACAUUUGAGUCUUAUGGGGUUACAUUUACUUGUUGCCCAGUGAAAUAUGUGCCAUUCUACCUGAUAAUUUAUCCGGUUAGUGGAGGCAAUGCUAUAGAUGGUGGCUUUCGAUUACAAGGACCAGCUAUUCUGUGGUAUUUAUCCCAUUUUUACCUGAAAAGGUUCGUUCAGCAGGGAUGUACUGAACCUUAAAAUUAUGUCUGCUGGUGAUUCUGAUCUAGGCCCCGACAAGUCAACUGUUUAUCUGAAGAAGCAAACAUCACUCGGGAAGCCAAGAAAGCUUCCUACUGAGUCUUUCAAAGUAGGACUUAAUUGGUGAUCGAGUACUAUAGACAACUAUUAUCCGCAAGGUACAACAGAAGAUUGGUAUGGUUAAAUCAGUCUAAUAAAUAAAUUGACAGGCAUAUUGUGAGAUGUCAUAUUGUAUUCUCCAAGUUUAAGAACAACAAUACCUACAUUAGAUGUUGGUAUUUUGUACAAGGUCGGAGGCACAUUCUGUUAUUAUUUGCAUUUGUAUGUGAUGUUAAAUUAAUGAGAUUGGAAACUUUCAUGCU